AAGUGGGGCAAAUGCAUUGCUUUAUGUGCACGCGAGAUUGGGGUGGUAAUGGUGGAGCAGUUGCCGGUAACUGUUAUUUUCUUCAGUUAAAUUUUAGAAGCGGCUCCCCAUUCACCCCAUCUCUCUCUCUCUAACCCUCUUUUCUCUCUCUCUAGAUUUCCAUCCCCAUUCGUUCUAUAUAACGGACAAAUCAUCCCUGUAUUGCUUAUUGUGCCUAUCGACUACACAUUGUUCAAUCAGCAAUCCUUGCAUUGUUCAAUCCGUUAACUUUGCCCUCGAUUUUGUUUAUUCGAUGCUGUGUUUGAUUAUUGCUUUGGGUUUGUUGAAUUUGAGGGAAUAGCAACGUCGAAGCACAAUUAUUGCAUUGUUCAAUCCGUGAACGUUGCAUUUGAUUGUGUUUAUUCUCUUGAUUAUUGCUUUGCGUUUGUUGAAUUUGAGGGAACAACAAUAUCAAAGCACUAUUGAAGGUGUCGAUUUGGAGAAUUUAUAUAUAUAUGUGUGUGUAUUUGUGUAUGUGACUGAAGAAUGGGAAGGAAGAACAGAAGGGUGAUGAAAGGGAGGAUAUCAAGGAUUGGGAGCUACGCGAUUGCAUCGUCCAUUACAGAUCCAACUUGCAUUUCCUGCACCACAUUUAACAUCCUUGCCCCUAUUUACAAGAGACUCAACGAGGAGGAUGAGAGUUGCCGCGAAAGCGAUUGCAGAGCAUAUUGGCUGAAUAGGAACCACAAGAUACUGGAUUGGUUGUUGUGUGAAAGAUCUUCCAUUAUUUGUCUUCAGGAGUUUUGGGUUGGAAACGAAGAGCUUGUGCAUAUGUAUGAGAAAAGACUCGGUGAUGCUGGUUAUCUCAAUUUCAAGCUUGCACGAACCAACAAUCGUGGCGAUGGUCUGCUAACUGCUGUGCAUAAGGACUAUUUUAGAGUUCUAAACCAUCGAGACCUGCUCUUCAAUGAUUUUGGGGAUCGUGUUGCGCAGCUAUUACAUGUUGAAUUAGUCACUCCCUUUUCACAGUACCGAAACAACAAUGUUCGACAAGAAAUUCUCAUUGUGAAUACGCACUUACUGUUUCCGCAUGAUUCAAGCUUGUGUUUGGUACGAUUGCAACAGGUCUACAAGAUAUUGCAAUGUGUGGAAUCUUAUCAGAAAGAAUACAAGCUUAAUCCUUUGCCCAUAAUACUCUGCGGUGAUUGGAAUGGGAGCAAGCGAGGUCAUGUGUACAAGUUCCUCAGAUCUCAAGGGUUCGUAUCAUCAUAUGAUACUGCUCAUCAGUACACCGAUGGAGACGCACAAAAGUGGGUUAGCCAUCUUAAUCAUCGGGGCAAUAUCUGUGGUGUAGAUUUCAUUUGGCUUCUCAAUCCUAAUAAAUACCGGAAACUACUGAAAACAAGUUGGAGCGAAACAGUAUCCAGCAUGUUCAAGUAUUUACUACGUCGAGCCUCAUUGACAGAGAAUGAUGCAUUUGCCUUUUUGAAAGCUGAUAGCCAUGGCGAUUACAUUACUUACAAUGGUUUCUGUGAAGCACUACGACAGCUUAAUUUAAUUGGCCAUUGCCAUGGACUCAGUUUAGAAGAGACAAAGGACUUGUGGGUGCAAGCAGACAUAGAUGGAAACGGUGUUCUUGAUUACAAAGAGUUCCAGCAGCGUAUUUGGAAUCCCACGUGGUCAGAGCAAAGAGAAGAAAUAGGAAUCGAUGGCAGGGGAGAAGUAAAAAGUACAGAGCAAGCUAUAGGUUUCAGUGUGAAGAACGCAGUUCUCUUCCCAACUGAAGUGGAAAAAGGAAUGUGGCCUGAAGACUAUUCUCUUUCUGACCAUGCCCGGCUUACUGUGGUUUUCUCACCGGUAAGAAUGCCAUGCUCUCGGCUGAUAAGCUGAUCAAUUUCGGGUGCCAUUGGGUAAAAUACUAUUUGCAAAAUGGUUCUGGGCUAUGCAAACGAUUGAUUGGAUGCUCAAACAGCCAUCAGGGUUCUUCAUCAGGGAGAGACCUUAAGCUUCAUCUUUAAGGAGCUAUGAGGAUCAAUGAUUCUUGCACCCUUUUUGGGUGGGCUCGUGUUGAAUCACUCGUACUAUUUUCAAGAUGUGUAAUCUGGCAUACUCGUCGCAAUGGUUUUGCUGUGCGGACAAAGUUGCUGAAAUCGGAAUCUGAUAGCCUGUUUCCUCUCCCUACUUCCCAACAAAGCUUUGCCUCAGGUGACACCUCUGCUUGAAGUUGAUACCAAUGGAAUGGCUGUUCCACUCCACAAGACACCCACCCCUGUUUUUUAGCCUUCUGUUGUAGAAUUAUGAAGUCUUUUUUUUUUUUUUUUUAA